UUGAAAAUACCAUCCGAAGAAGAUGUUACUUCCGGCCUGAAUAUUCCCCUGAACGCAACAAAACAUGACAUAUUUCCAGGUUUAAAACAGACAAGGUGGCCCAAUGUUGUUUGUACAAGUUUGUUUUUAGGUGAACAAUGGUGCCGUCAAAGCGAAGAAAAGUGUCCUCUGCCAGCAACAGCCCAGAUAAAGCCUCCAAGUUCCCGCAGGUGGUUUUGUACCUCCUGGAGAGGAAGAUGGGCUCCAGUAGAAGAACUUUCCUCACCGAGCUCGGACGAAAAAAAGGUUUCCGAGUGAACGAGAAGUUCAGUGAAAGUGUCACGCACGUCAUCUCCGAGAAGAACACAGGUGAUGACGUCAGAAGGUGGCUGACGUCACAGGGUCACGACCUGACACCUGCUCACCUUGUGGACGUCGGUUGGUUGACAGACAGCCUGGGGGCGGGACAUCCUGUUGACAUACUGGAGCGACACAAACUGCGUGAACAGCCGACGUCAAGCGGAAGUGAGGUGGCGACGCUCUCCAUUCCCGUUUACGCUUGUCAGAGGAGGACUGCGCUGAACAACCACAACGCCAUAUUGACAGAUGCUUUGUCGCUGCUGGCUGAAAAUGCUGAGCUCGGUGACGACGAUAAGCGAGGCCUGGCGUUCCGCCGCGGCGCCGCCGUGCUGAGGUCUCUUCCCGAGGCGGUGGCGAACAUGAGGCAGCUCCGAGGAUGCCCCUGCCUGGGGGAACACUCGCUGAGGGUCAUCCAGGACAUUUUGGAGACCGGAGCGUCCUGCGAGGUGGAGUCCACUAAACAGUCUGAGCGUUACCAGGCCAUGAAGGUUCUGAGAGGAAUUUUUGGAGUCGGAGUAAAGACGGCAGAUCAGUGGUUCCGAGAUGGCAUCCAGAACCUUCACCAGUUACGGCAGUCAGGACGCGCUCUCAACCGAGCGCAGCGAGCAGGUCUGGCCCACUACGACGACCUGGUCCUGCCCGUCACAAAGCCGGAGGCCGACGCCAUUGCGAACAUCGUGGAGGAGGCGGUCCUUGCGGAGCUGCCGGGGUCACGGGUCACUCUGGUGGGAGGGUUCAGGAGGGGGAAGCUCAGCGGCCAUGACGUGGACUUCCUCAUCACGCACCCGCAGGAAGGACGGGAAGAAGGUGUCAUUCCCAAAGUGGUGUCACGCCUGGAGGCGCAGGACUUCCUGUUGUACCACAAGACCAGCAGAAACUCCUACAUGGAGUCCAAAGAUGGACCUGCUCGGCCCGCCUCCAUCAUGGACCACUUUGAGAGAUGCUUGACCAUCUUUGGACUCGCCACAGGUGGCGCCGAAGGCCGAGCACGGAGGAGAGCCGUGCGAGUGGACCUGGUGGUCUCGCCCUUCAGCCAGUUUGCCUUCGCCCUGCUCGGCUGGACCGGCUCAAAGCUGUUUGAGAGGGAGCUGCGACGCUGGGCGACCCGAGAGAAGAACAUGACGCUGAGCAGCCACGCCUUGUACGACAACAACCAGGGUCGGUACCUGAAAGCUGCGACAGAGGAGGAAAUAUUUGCUCAUCUCUCCCUGGACUACAUCGCACCUUCGGACAGGAACGCCUGAUGAAGACGAUCAGGACCUUCUUCUGAGAUGGACCCCCAGCGCCGGCCGGCCCACAUUAAAGUGACGACCCCCCCCCCCCUCCUCCCAGUAAAGACAGGCGGGAAGUUCACCAACUGAUGUGUGGAUCCCAGAAAGAACCACCAAGUCAGAACUUUUCAUUUUUGGUUAAAAAAACAAACAAAACACUGCUAUGAGGUGGCGACUUGUCCAGGGUGUACCCCGCCUUCCGCCCCAAUGCAGCUGAGAUAGGCUCCAACAACCCCCGCCACCCCAAAAGGGACAAGCGGUAGGAAAUGGAUGGAUGGAUGGACAAACAAAACACUUGUCAAAUCAUCUAACCACACAUUAAUGAAUUUUAUGAGCAUUUUCACACAUUUAAAGGCCCAAAUAAACUAGAAAUAUCAAUAUUACAACAGUAUUGACCCAACCAAACAGAUCUGGUGCUGUUACUAUAUUGGAUUAAAGGGUGUAAAGAGGACAAUGUGAGUGUUAUUUCAAAUCUACAGGACUUUCAUCAUGCUAAAAAUUGUGUUUACAAGUUUGUAAAAUGUUUUUUUUUUUUUAACUAUGAAGAUAUUUGAUGUAAUUUGUUGUAAAAUAGUGACAUUUUUUGAGUGAAAUGAUGACUUCUGUAAUAAUUUUGCCAAGUAAAAUUCCGAUUUUUAUUCUAAUAAUAAUAUCAGUCUACACCCCAGGGCAGCUGUGGCUACGAAAGUAGCUUACCACCACCAGGUGUGAAUGAUUGAUGGGUUCAGAAAAACAUGUAAAGCGACUUUGGGUACUUAGAAAAGCGCUAUAUAAAUCCCAGGUAUUAUUAAUAUUGCCAAAAUUUUAAAGUUUUCUUACAAAAUUGUGACCUUUGUGGAGUCAAAUGACGACUCUUUCCAUAAAAUUGCCAAAACGUUAAGCUUUUCUUGUAAAAUUGCGACUGUUAUUGAGUAAAAUUCCAGCGUCUAUCAUAUUAUUGCACAAAUGUUCGGUUUUUCUUGUAAAAUGUUGACUUGCAUUGAGUAAAAUGACAUAUUUUUUUAUAAUACUGCCAAAAUUCUAAGAUUUUCUUUUGAAAUUG